GGAACAAAGGAAGAAAAGUCGUCGGCGGAGAGCGCGUCAGCAAAGUGAGAUGAAGAAGCCACAAUAAUUGACACCGGCCUGUUCACGUCGCCUAAAUAAACACAUCUCUCUCUCUUUCUUCUGAAUCAUUUCACAUUUCACAUUUCAUACACAAACACUCAACUCUCAUUCUCACAACAAUGACAGGCAGAGAAAUUCUGCACAAGAUGAAGUUGAAGGCUGGAUUCUGCGGAUCUGAAACGGGCAGAGGUAAAAGCAGGACAUGGAAAAACAUCUCCCACGGUUUUCACUUUGUCAAGGGCAAAGCUAACCAUCCCAUGGAGGACUACGUUGUGUCUGAGUUCAAAAAAGUAGACAACCACGAUUUGGGUUUGUUUGCCAUUUUUGACGGUCACUUGGGACAUGACGUGGCCAAGUACUUGCAGACCAACCUCUUUGACAACAUACUCAAAGAGAAGGAUUUUUGGACUGAUAUGGAGAAGGCUAUAAGGGAUGCAUACAUAUCAACAGAUGCUUCCAUAUUAGAGCAGUCACUUAAACUUGGCAAAGGUGGAUCAACUGCUGUAACUGGAAUUCUGAUAGAUGGGCAAAAGCUAAUAGUUGCUAACGUUGGAGACUCACGGGCAGUCAUGUCAAAGAAUGGUGUUGCAUCUCAGCUCUCUGUUGAUCAUGAACCAAGCAAGGAGCAGAAGGAAAUAGAGAGCCGUGGCGGCUUUGUGUCCAAUAUUCCAGGGGACGUUCCAAGAGUUGAUGGACAACUAGCGGUUGCGAGGGCGUUUGGAGAUAAGAGCUUAAAGAUACAUCUGAGCUCGGAACCAGACAUAACACACCAGACAAUCCAUGAUGAAACCGAGUUCAUUGUUUUUGCCAGUGAUGGAAUUUGGAAGGUGAUGUCAAACCAAGAAGCUGUGGACGCGAUCAGAAGCAUAAAAGAUCCCCAUGAGGCAGCCAAGGAGUUGAUAGAAGAAGCAAUCUCUAGGAAAAGCAAAGAUGACAUCUCCUGUAUCGUUGUAAGAUUCAAGUGAUAAUGUUAUGGCUAUAAAUUAUUCAUCAAUCAAGUGUCUAAGAGAGAAACAAAGACAUGUAAAAGCUCAAGCUAUAUGUGCUAUAUAUGUGACCAAUAUAAAGUCUGGUCUCUUGUAAAACCAUUGAUGAUAAAAUCUCGCCAAAAUGUAAAAGAAUUUCGUGCAAA